AUGGUUUUCCUCCGACUUGAGGUUCGAGUCUACCCAAGAGAAUCCGGCCAAAAUGGAGGUAUCUUCAAUGCUGUCCUCGGAAAGAGGCCAGAAAAUGAAGAUUCAAACGGACCAAAGAAGACUUAUGCAGGAUUUCUCUUGACCCUCAAGACUCCAGAGGACUACACAAUGGGUGAUCUAUCUUAUUUGAUCAAAGAAAAAUGGCAAGCCCUGCGCCCGGAAGCCGAGCAACUUGUGAUCAAGAAGCUACUCGAUGACACAAUGCCCUCGAUUGACCUUGAAGUUGGAAUGAGUGUUGCCGAUGUGUUCGUUGAUCGCGGCAAAGCUCUUGCAGAUGGCCACGAUCAGCGUGGCAUUGUGCGCGUAGUUCAGAAGCCCAACGACUCAUACGCCCCUGUGCGAUUUCCCUCGGUAGUUCAGGAUUUUGAGGGUGCCAGCGAAGCCUACGCUCGAAAAAAGGCCAAGAGACCCCUCGGCAAAGCAUUCUCACCAAUCCCUGAACAUCCUCACGAUACCCCAAUUUCUUCGGUCGAAAUCCCCCGCAAACCCCUCGAUAAAAUCUCUCCCACUUCCCCUCUUCCUGUCACCAAUGGCGAAAGUCCAGCCGUCACUUCUCCUAGCCCACGAGAGGGAUCUCGUAAGCGCAAACAAAGCAGCCCAGAAAGAGACACACCAGCCAAGGAAGCCCGGGUGGAAAAGGAAGCGCAGUCCAACGACACAACCCCUCCACUUCGAAAGUCCACACGCAUUUCCAGUUUUGCCAGUCCAAAUCGAAGGCUAUCCUACAGCCAACCAGCCGAAAAUGGGCUGGGACUAGGUAUUACAGGUAGUGCGAAGGCUAAUAAAAUUGCACCUUCAAACUCGUCACCUCAGCUCCCACCUGUCCCUCAAAGCAUUUUGUCAAAAUCCUCCAAGAAUACACACGCCAACCCCAAUCGCCGCAUUUCUUUUGCCGAAAGUGCUACACCACCCGCUAAUGGUCAUCCGAAUAAGAAGCCGGCCUCAAUCUCUGCUUCUGCUUCGCGUCAAAAAGAGAAAAAUUCCAUUCCACCCAGUAGCCAGAGCGUGGUCCCGACCAGCAGCCAAGCAUCAAACAUCCAAUAUCCACCGGGUGUUGACCCAGAAAAGAUUCGGCGGUUGACUGAAGAGCGCCUUCAACAAGAACGGUCCAAAGACGAGGCCAGGCAAUUGCGAAACGAUCCCAAGGCAGAUAAAUCCCUGCUAGUAUUGGCACAAAGGAUAUGCUAUCUUCUGGACCGCCCGAAAAAGAGCCUCAAGUUUGAAGAUAAUCAGAAGCUUAAGACCCUUCUGAAUGAAUUCAAAGAUAGGAAGGACAAGCUUGCCCAGUCAGCACAACCUGAAAAUAAUGGGAAGAAUAAAGGAAUUCAGGAAAGUGAAGAUGAUAGUGAAUCCAGCGAGGAAGAAUCCAACAGUAGCGGGGAUGAGAUAUCUGACAGUGAGGAAAGCUCAAGUAGCGAGGAGGAAGGCUCGAACAGUGAAGGAAGCGAGGAGACGGAUGAUGAGGACAAUGAGACCGAGACCAACAAGAACAGUAAUAUCUUUGAUGUGGAAGCAGUCGAGUCGACACCGGCUAAAAAUGAUGCUGGCACCAAGCAGAAAGAUUCACCUAUACAGAUCUCCGACAGUUCUGAUUCUGAUGAUCAAGAAAUGGGUGGUCUAGACCUUGCCCCAGCCAAUGUACAAGACAAGCAAGCUUCGGAAUCGGAACAUGACAAUGGCACUAGCAGCGAAGAUGACGAGGGAUCUUCACGUGUCUCUGGCAACGCUGAUUCUGAGGAUCAAGAAAUGGUUGAUGCUACUUUCGCUCCAGUCAAUGGUCAAAUUGAGAACCCAAUUUCGGAACCCAGACAAGAUGACGUUGCUGUCAGUGAGAAUGAAGAGGGAUCUUCGCGUGUCUCCGGCAACCCUGAUUCCGAAGAUCAAGAGGUGGUUGAUCCUACCCCCGCUCCAGUCAAUGAUAAAAACGAGAAGCCAAUUUCGGGAUCCGAACAAGAUGGUGAUUAUGGCAGCGAGGAUGAAGAUGAAGAUUCAAGCGUUUCUGGAAGCUCUGAUUCCAAAGAUCAAGAAUUGAUCGAUCCUCCUCCCGCUUCAGCCAACGGACAAACCGAGAAGCCAAUUUCGCAAUCUGAACAAAAAGAGGCUGCCGGCUCCAAUAGCCAAGAAGAUUCUGAACCUACUUCCGACAUUCCUGGUCCUCAUGACCAUGACAGCAGCGUAGACCGCGCAAUCCUGAACAAUGUCAAGAAUCCGGUUCUGAAAUCUGGAGACGAUUCAAUCCCGGUGGAAGGUGAACAGGAAACUGAGCCUGAGAAGAAGUCUCAGGCCCGUGCAAACCAGUCAGAAGAUGAAGAUCAGUCUUCAGAAGAGGAGUCUGAGUCUGAUUCUGAUUCUGAUUCUGACUUGGAUCCUAACUUGACCUUUCAUCCGCUCCCUGGCGAAUCCCCUGCAAAGUCAACGAAGUCAACCCCGAUAAAGCAGGAGCCUCCUGCUCCAACCCGGGCAACUUUGAAAACACUCUUGCAGGAUCGGAUAGCUAAACAAGCAGCACGCCAAGCCGAGCAACAAAAGUCUUUUGCCAAACCGGCUCCUACUACCUCUGCACCGAAGAGGCAUAACGACAUCUUCGAAUCUUACGACAGCUCGGAAAGCGAUACCAGCGAUGGAGACGUCCUACCGAACGGAAAUACAGGGCGCCUCUUCCAAAAGAGACCUUCAAAUCAUUGA